AUGCCUAAGCUGUAUGACAAACCCGACUUUUAUGUCAAUAAUAUACACCAGUUCAGCAACCAUGGAGCGGACGAUCUGUCGCAAUCUCGGUUGGCUGCCAAGGACCUGGUCUUGAACGUCCUCAAGAAGCGAGCUGCGGAGGUCGACACCGACCGAUGCGCUCCUGGCGAAGAAGAUCCUUUCUAUGUGGCAGACAUGGGUGAGGUUUACCGCCAGCAUCUGCGCUGGAAAAUGAACCUAAGCCGAGUGCGCCCCUUCUACGCGGUCAAGUGCAACCCCGAUCCGGAGGUCCUCCGCCUCAUGGCCAAGCUUGGAAACGGUUUCGACUGUGCUUCCAAGGCGGAGAUCGACCUGGCUCUUUCGACGGGCGUCGACCCUAGCCGCAUCAUUUAUGCGCAGCCCUGCAAGACCAAGUCCUACCUGCGCUACGCCGCCAAAGUUGGCGUGAAGCAGAUGACCUUUGACAACGCCGAUGAGCUGUACAAGAUCAAGGCCUGCUAUCCAGAGGCGGAGCUCUACCUGCGCAUCCUUACCGACGACUCGAACAGCUUGUGCCAGUUCAGUAUGAAGUUUGGCGCGUCUAUGGAUGUCGCCCGUCGGCUUCUCGAGCUGGCUCACGAGCUUGAGCUCAAGAUUGUUGGCGUGAGCUUCCACGUCGGCUCCGGCGCAGAGGACCCCAAGGCCUUCCUCAAGGCCGUUCAGGAUGCGCGCCUGAUCUUUGACCAAGCCGCUGAAAUCGGCCACGAGCUGCACACCCUUGAUGUUGGCGGCGGCUUCACCGGGGAGACUUUCGAGAAGUUUGCUGGUGUUCUUGACAGCGCUCUCGAAACUUACUUCCCUCCGAACAUCCGCAUUAUCGCCGAGCCGGGCCGUUACUACGUUGGUGGAGCAUUUACACUAGCCGCAAACGUCAUUGCGCGCCGCGGUGUGCGGGAUCCCGAAGAGCCCAGCAAUGAUGCUUACAUGAUUUACCUCAACGAUGGUGUGUACGGCAACUUUUCAAACAUCAUCUUUGACCACCAGCAUCCAGAGGCACGCAUCCUCACUUGCGCAACUGAGGCCAACGGCCGGCCAGCUUCCGAGGAUGUGACCUACUCCAUCUGGGGACCCACCUGCGACGGCAUCGACGUCAUUAGCCAGCGCAGCCGGCUUUCCGGCUUGUUGGACGUUGGCGACUGGCUCUACUUCGAAGAAAUGGGCGCCUAUACCAAAUGUAGCGCCACGCGCUUCAAUGGCUUCUCCGACAACCAUGAGGUGAUUUACAUCUCUAGCGAGGCGGGCGCCUCUGCUCUUCUUGAAUAUUAG